AUGUGGGUGUUCGGCUACGGCUCCCUCAUCUGGAAAGUGGAUUUCCCUUACGAGGAGAAGAUGGUGGGGCGCAUCCUGGGCUACAGCCGCCGCUUCUGGCAGGGCAGCACCGACCACCGCGGCGUGCCGGGCAAGCCUGGAAGAGUUGUGACUCUGGUUGAAGAUCCUGAGGGGUGCGUAUGGGGUGUUGCUUACAGAUUGCCAGCUGGACAAGAAUGUGAAGUAAAGGCAUACCUGGACUUCAGAGAGAAAGGAGGCUACAGGACUACCACUGUCAUUUUCUAUCCAAAAGACUCGUCAAUAAAACCAUUUGAUGUAUUGUUAUACAUUGGAACUUGUGACAACCCUAACUACCUUGGUCCAGCACCUCUAGAAGAAAUUGCUGAACAGAUUUUUAAUGCAGUUGGUCCUAGUGGAAGAAACACAGAAUACCUGUUUGAACUUGCUAAUUCUAUCAGAAAUCUCGUACCAGAAGAUGUAGAUGAGCAUCUCUUCUCCUUAGAGAAACUAGUAAAGGAACUCUUGGAAAAGCAUCAAAACGUAAAUUGUCUGUAAAAUAACUUCUUACUUUUAAUGAUCUCGCUUCAUCUUCAGAGGAAUGGUUUCGUUGCACAAUGGGUAUAUGACUUGGAGGCAUGUUUCUCUGUACUAUGCUAUCUUAUUUAUUUUAAUAUUGCAUUCAAAAUAGUAGUUGGUCAUUAAAACAUACUGUUACAAAAAUCAUUCUUUCAGGAGUCUAUAGAAAGGGGAGC